AUAAGCACGAUUUGGCCGAAACAAAGCCCUCUUCUUUUCUUCUUGUCUCUCUCGCUCGCUCUUCUCCUGUGUCUGGUGUGGCCAUCCUCUUUCUUCCCUUCUUCGAUUCUUCGUUUACUGGCAAACCAAAUUCUCCCUUUUCCUUAACUUUCUCGAAUUCAUGUCGGAGAAGGGUCAGCCACUACCGAAGUUCGGUGAAUGGGAUGUUAAUAAUCCUGCUUCUGCAGAGGGCUUCACUGUGAUCUUUAAUAAGGCAAGAGAUGAGAAGAAAACCGGUGGCCAACCUGAAUCACCUGGAAAGGCACCUCAGGCCAAACAUGCAGCAGAUCCUGGCAAACCUCAGGCUAAGAAAUGGUUCUGCUGCAUACGCCCGCCUACAGAAUCUUGAUGGUAUUACCUUUCUGUAGAUAACCACCGUAUUAUGCUAAGAUCGUCUCCGCUGUUUUUCGAUAGAAGAUGAAAUUUUUAAAGCUAUGAUCAGCGUGCUAUACUAUUUGCUUCAUAGUCUGAGUCAUGGAGGAAAAAAGUAGAAGAAUUUUACGUUCUUUAUUUGUGGUGCUGAUGUGGUGGAUUGUCAGUAGAAGCUGAGCUAUGCUAUCUCAUUUGUCUCUGCUCCCUUUUUUGUCCUUCUUUUGUUGUCUUUUUAAAUGAAUUUUGCUCAUUAUAUCUGAUAUUGAAUCUCUAUUAUUGUUUGUGAAAUUGUUUCUUUCUCUCUUUUUAUUUCA